UCCACUCCUGUGCUUCACGUUGCACUCGAAGCUCUGCGCUGGGCGAUGCGUGAUAUGGCUUCAAAUUUCUAGUCUGUUAUAACGGACCUGGUCCUCAGCAACAAUAAUACAGCACACAAGUGCAAGACGAAGCACGAAACAACAGAGCGGGACUGUCCGGCUCGAUUGCUUAUAGAAAGAGUCGAGGCCAGUGGGAAAACGGACACAAAAGUGUGCCCCUUUCUGCAAAAAAGUGCGCGGAGGAAUAGUAAAAAGAGCAACACGUAUCCGGUGGGAUUCCGGAGAGAGAGAUCGGAGUGGGAGCGCAGGGGGCGAGAGUAACCAACACAGACAAGUGGGAAACGAGACACGGAGAAAGGCUUUAGUGUGCGUUGAGGGAGUCGGUUUGGCAUUUUGUUCGUACGAUCACGCAUUUGUCAAAGGAAUAAUGAGGAACAUUUGGAUAAUCUUGACUCUCGGGAUGGCGGCCUUUCUUUCAGGGGAAAGGAUACUCGUUGCUGCCCAGUCCCCGGCUCCAGCCGACGACCUGUAUCUGGACGACCAGCAGUCGGGAGACUACCCCGUAGAUGACGAUGACUUCAAUUCUGGCUCCGGCUCAGGCAUUGGUGAAACCCAGGAGGAAGUGGUCACCGUGAACACACUGUACAUCGCCCCCAAAGCAGAGCCAACCCAGGACUCCACGAAAGACUUCACACCCAGAGUGGAGGCAGCCACACCCAGAGACACACCCAGAAAACCUGCCAGGACAGAGCCCCCAAUACCACUGACAGAGGAGCCCCGAAACAGGAACGAGGCAACCAGCACAACCAGCCCUCCUCGUUCCCCUGUGGAGCCCUUUGAAGUGCGAUCUGAAAACCUCUUCCAGAGAACAGAGGUUCUGGCAGCGGUUAUUGCUGGCGGUGUGAUUGGCUUCCUCUUUGCCAUCUUCCUCAUCCUUCUCCUGGUUUACCGCAUGAGGAAGAAGGAUGAAGGCAGCUAUGACCUGGGGGAACGCAAGCCCUCUGGUGCAGCCUAUCAGAAGGCCCCCACGAAGGAGUUUUAUGCGUAAACCACACCCCCUUCAAAGAAUGCCAAUAGCAAGAUGAAAAAUUAUCGCUAAACAAGAGAUAGACACUCAUUGACAAUGAUGAACUUGUUCAAAUAAGUUAAAAUGAUAAAAAAUAUAUUGAGGAAUAUCACAUCAAGAAAAGCUUUUGCAUAGGGUAAUGUAAUGAAGACCUCUUCUCUCAUUUGUCUCCUUUUUUUGAUUGUAUUUUUUUAAUUAAUCGCCCAGCAGGGCUGCUUUAUAAUAGGUCCCAUUGUAUUUAAACACGUGUAUUAUUUGAAGAGGCGGAAAGAAAAAAAAAAAGUUUAUAAAAGUAAGGAAAUCAAUGGCAUAUUUCAAAGAAGCUGUUUUUAGUCACUGACUACUUUUAAUUGUAGCAGUAUGUAUUUGUAAAGAAAAAAAAUUUAAAGUGGAAAUAAUUGAAUAUAAUUGUUCUGUAUCUAUCCUUUUUUUUCUUUUUCAUUUUGUCAUAGCAUGUCUGAAGUUGAUCUUAAAGGUGUAUUUCAUUAAUUUAUCUGUUUUCAGAUGUUAAAAAAUUGCCUUUCUGUAGUUUUCAUGAAGCUGUACUGUCUUCAUAUUAACUCAGAUAACAGUUAAUGUAAAUGUUAUUUCUCUCUUCGGGUUAUGUUUUUUGUCUCUUGCUUUCAUAUAAAAUUAGAAAAAGGUGAGCAUUUCACUAUUGAUUUUUUUGUUCUGUUUUAUCUUAAAGUAGUUGUAGAUAACUUUGAAACGCAGCAUACACGUUCAAAGGAAACCGGUAUUAAAGGCGAGAAGGUGGAAAUAUUCAGAGGCAGAGGGCCGUUCUCUGCUCUUGGGUACGACUCGUGGAUUCAUUUUUGACUCGACAAGAUUUUGCUUUUGCGCGGUACGUUUUGUUGCUUCUCUGGGUCACGUUCUCAUUCACUUGUGGGGUUUUGGAAUGUUUCGGGCGCAGAGCAGCCGUCCUCAAGGUUCUCGCGCUUGGCGGAGACUUACCUGCUCCUCCUCUGCCUGUUGAAGCUCAUUGGACCGUGGCCAGCCAAUCAGCUGUACCAUACCUCUUUUUCUUCCUCCUCAAAGAGCUGCCAGUGCAAACAAGGCUUUUAUGCCCUCCUUGUCGGUAGUUUGCGGUUUCUGCAAACAAGCAGAUGGGAAUCUGUUCUCUCAGUGGUAGAAGCUGGACAGAUGUUCCUCUGAGCGCUGGCUGCCUGUUGGUGAGGUAUUUGUGUCUCAGAAACCUCAGAGAGGGCGCAGUUGCUUUAGUUCAGCAGCUCUUAGUGUCAUGUCUUGGUGCGUAACAUCCACCAGCAAAGGCAAAUGCUGAGCCAUUUUUGCUUGGGAUACCUCUUGGUUUUAGCCACAAAGGCAAGAUUUUGGCAACGUAAUCUUCAUUGGAGGAACCAGUUACUAUCUGGAGUGUCUGAGGGAACCCCUCCCCCCAAAUCCCAAAUCCCAAGAGAUGUUGUAUCACAAGUACGAAAACCUGUGGAUACAACAUCCCUCUUUCACUGGACAAAAUGGGGAAGGCAGGACAAGGAGUUACCUCAAAAUGCUAUUUAAACCAGUGUAAUGCGAAACCAGUAGGUGUCACAUGACCGUCUCUGGCCGUUGGGCCCCUGUGUGACUCCCCUCCCCGACCCCAAUGUCUUCUCAGAUGGUACCGAAGGAAGGAAGGUAUGGAAAAGCAUUAGCAAACCCAAAGACUUACAGUAUUCUCACAGUUGCUGCAUAUUCCUAUGGCCACGUUUCAAAUUUGUUUUUAUUUUGUUCUUUUAUGUCCAUUUUAAGUCUUUUGUUUUUAAUAGAGACCUGACCAUUGAGUCCAACUGCUUAAUAGUGUAUGAAAAAAAAUAUAUAUAAAUAUAUAUUCACAAAUGUUUUAAGCCUUUGAAGUGCCUACCAUUGGGAAGUGUGCUUGUUCCUGUCUGGGUCGGAAGAGCUACAUACAACAGCACGACGAAGUAGCUGGUAUUCUAUAAGCACAGGCGACUGUAAUGGAAAUGUUUUUUUAGUCUUACAAAAGCAGACAGUAUUGUAUCUAUAAUUUGAAACACACUACUGAAUAAACAUUGUGGCCUAAUAUUUACA